CAGGUCAAGUUGGACAUGAUGAAGCUCGCGCCGAGUCCAACAGCUAUACUGAACUCGCUCUGCAAAGAGUUUCUGCCAACGAACGUGUCAGCCAUCUUGUACCUGAUGAAUUACGAACAAUACGGCCGUAGUACUGCCAGUGCUCAAUACUUUCUGCAAUUGGCUGGCUAUCUCGGGAUCCCGGUGAUUGCAUGGAACGCCGAUAACUCGGGAUUAGAACGGAGGGCUUCGCAGAGUAACCUGCAGCUGCAGCUGGCGCCAUCGUUGGAGCACCAAACGGCCGCUAUGUUGAGCAUACUCGAGAGGUACAAAUGGCAUCAAUUCAGCGUAGUCACCUCGCAGAUCGCCGGGCACGACGACUUUGUCCAGGCGGUCAGAGAGAGAAUCUCGGACAUGCAGGACACCUUCAAGUUCACGAUAUUAAGUGCCAUUUUGGUCACCGAGCCCCACGACCUUCUCGAGCUGGUCAACAGCGAAUCCAGAGUCAUGUUACUCUAUUCGACGAGGGAGGAGGCUACUCACAUUCUCAAUGCUGCUCACGAUUACAAGAUCACCGGAGAGAAUUACGUGUGGGUGGUCACGCAGAGCGUCAUCGAGAACUUGCAGACCUCCAACCAAUUUCCGGUCGGGAUGCUCGGUGUCCACUUUGACACGAGCACGGAGAGCCUGGUGAGCGAGAUCACAACCGCGGUCAAAGUUUACGCGUACGGUGUCGAGGACUUUUUGAACGAUCAGGAUAACGAAAACCUCAGCCUGAAUACUCAGCUAAGCUGCGAAGAAAGCUACGGUGAAUCUCGCUGGAACACCGGAGACCUGUUCUUCAAGUACUUGAAGAACGUGUCGGUGGAGGGCGAUCAAGGAAAACCGAACGUGGAGUUCACUCAAGACGGCGUUCUCAAAGCAGCCGAACUGAAAAUCAUGAAUCUUCGUCCAGGCGUGAGCAAACAACUCGUUUGGGAAGAGAUCGGCGUGUGGAAAUCCUGGGAGAAGGAGGGUCUGGACAUCAAGGACAUUGUCUGGCCGGGAAACACCCAUACGCCUCCGCAAGGAGUGCCGGAGAAGUUUUAUUUGAAAAUAACCUUCUUGGAAGAGCCGCCCUACAUCAAUCUUGCGCCUCCGGAUCCUGUGAGCGGAAAAUGUCUAGUGGAUCGUGGUGUUCACUGCCGAGUGGCCAAGGAGUCCGACAUGGUCGAGAUGGAUAUUCAAUCGGCGCAGAAGAACGAGAGCUUCUACCAGUGUUGUAGCGGGUUCUGCAUCGAUCUGCUUCAGAAGUUCUCUGAAGAAAUCGGGUUUACUUACGAGCUCGUUAGGGUGGAAGAUGGCAAGUGGGGCACGCUAGAGAAUGGGAAAUGGAAUGGUCUAAUUGCGGACCUGGUGAAUCGCAAGACCGACAUGGUGAUGACGUCUUUAAUGAUUAAUUCUGAAAGGGAAGCCGUAGUUGACUUCACUGUACCGUACAUGGAAACUGGAAUCGCAAUUGUGGUAGCUAAGAGAACCGGUAUUAUAUCUCCUACUGCCUUCCUUGAACCGUUCGACACAGCAUCUUGGAUGCUAGUUGGCAUUGUCGCCAUACACGCGGCCACGAUAAUGAUACUACUCUUCGAAUGGUUAUCACCAUCCGGUUUCAACAUGAAGGUAAACCCUUCAGGCCCUGCGCGGAAACUGCUUAAGAAUCCGUCGCCAAACCAUCGAUUCUCUUUCUGUCGCACGUACUGGCUGGUGUGGGCCGUAUUAUUUCAGGCAGCCGUCCAUAUCGAUUCUCCCAGGGGAUUCACCGCCAGAUUCAUGACGAACGUAUGGGCGCUGUUCGCGGUGGUGUUCCUGGCCAUAUACACUGCUAAUCUGGCUGCCUUCAUGAUCACGAGGGAAGAGUUCCACGAGUUCAGCGGAGUGGACGAUCACCGGCUGGCCAAACCGUGGUCACACAAACCAAUGUUCAAAUUCGGCACCAUACAGUGGAGCCACACGGACAGCACACUCGCGAAAUACUUCAAGGAGAUGCAUGCGUACAUGAAGGCCUUCAACAAGACCAGCGUCACCGAAGGAAUUGAAGCUGUUAUCAGUGGAGAAAUGGACGCUUUUAUCUACGAUGGAACGGUUUUGGACUAUUUGGUAGCGCAAGACGAAGACUGUCGAUUAUUGACCGUAGGUUCCUGGUACGCCAUGACAGGAUACGGCAUCGCGUUUUCAAGAAACUCCAAAUACCUACAGAUGUUCAACAAGCGUUUAUUGGACUACAGAAACAACGGGGACUUGGAACGUCUCAGAAGAUACUGGAUGACGGGCACGUGUAAGCCGGGGAAAGAGGUUCAAAAGAGCAGCGAUCCCUUAGCAUUGGAACAGUUCUUAUCAGCGUUUCUCUUACUGAUGAUGGGAAUUCUGUUGGCCGCAGCUUUUCUACUUCUAGAACAUUUAUAUUUCAAAUAUGUCAGACAGCAUCUGGCGCGAAGCGACGGUGGUGGCUGUUGCGCACUUUUCAGCUUGAGCAUGGGAAAGUCUUUGACGUUCCGUGGGGCAGUAUACGAGGCGCAGGACAUUCUGAGGUACCACAGAUGCAGGGAUCCUAUCUGCGACACUCACUUGUGGAAGGUUAAGCACGAACUCGACAUGGCGAGGAUCAGGAUACGGCAGCUGGAAAAGGACCUCGAAGCGCACGGAAUAAAACCGAGCCAAACUAAGAGGAAAACCGGAAGUCUCGGCUGGUGGCGAGGAUGCUUUCAAAGCUCGGACCGCCAUACACCACCGGAGCCAUUGGCGGUGGAAGCUCCGCAUCCGCUACCGCCAUACUUUGAUUCAUUCAUCGACGCCAUCGAUGUUGUCAGGCCUAGAGACAUGACCAGGAAUCACGUCGUCAGCACGGAGUAUGCUGGAAAAUUUUUGCCACCAGAGAUCUACAGGAUCCCGGACGACGGCGCCGCCAGGACGGAAAUCGCCGAGAUGGAGACAGUUCUGUGAUCGUAGAAUACCGGCGCCGAUUGCCUAGACCCAUCAGAUGAAAGGGAAGCGCGUCCGUAAGGGUUCCCAGGGAGCGGAUCGGGUCGCUUCCCCAUUUUGGACAACGAGUUUCUUGCCUCGCAGCCUCCCCUCGAGACUUCCUUCGAUACGAAACAUCCGGAAUUGGGAUGUUCGGGUGCCGACUGAAGCUUGCAAAC